AUGCUGGAAGGCAGCGGGCCUGUGAUGCUGGAAGGCAGCGGGCCUGUGAUGCUGGAAGGCAGCGGGCCGGUGGUGCUGGACAUGUGGAAGCAAAGCCCUGCCAGGACGGCCACCUCCAUACAGGGACACAGUGCAGAGCAAGUCCCGACCCUGACGCAGGAAUUCGACAAGUUCCAGAAGAAGUUCCGGGUCGCUCUGCCCGGCAGCAAGUGGAGCCCUUUGAGGUCGACGGAUCACCUCCCCCCGGACCAUGCGGACCUGGUCAUCGUCGGGGGAGGGGUGAUGGGCUGGUCGAUCGCCUUCUGGUUGAAGCAGAUGCAGGAACAGAGGAGUGCCUACAACGUCUUGGUGGUGGAGAGGGACCCCAUGUACUCGCAGGCGUCCACCGUACUGUCAGCGGGCGGCAUCCGGCAGCAAUUCUCCCGCCCGGAAAACAUCCAGAUGUCCCUCUUCGGUGCUCACUUCCUGCGUGACAUUAAUGAAUAUCUGGGUGUAGCGAAUGAGGAGCCCGUGGACCUCGAAUUCAACCCGUCCGGAUACCUCUUCCUGUCCAGCGAGAAAGGGGCGGAGAUCUUACAGGAAAAUUACAGAAUUCAGAGGGAACAAGGUGCCAAAGUGAUCCUGUUUUCGCCACAGCAGCUGAAGAAGAAGUUUCCGUGGAUCAAUACUCAGGAUGUGGCUUUGGCCUCCUACGGUCUGGAGAACGAGGGCUGGUUCGACCCCUGGAGGUUCCUCAAUGCCCUCAGACGGAAGGCGAUUUCCAUGGGGGUGAAUUACUGCAAGGGGGAGGUGACGGGUUUCGACACCGCGAAGCAAGAGAUGGUGACGGACGAAGGGGACGCGGUAUACAUGACCACCAUCAAAAGCGCCGUCGUGUCGAUGCCGAACAGUCUGGAGAAUCAGUCGGUGGAAUGUUCCGCGGUCAUUAACGCUGCCGGUGCCUGGUCCGCGAAGGUGGCAGAGUUGGCUGGAGUGGGCGCGGGGAACCCUGACUCAGCAGAAGGAACAAAACUUCCUGUAGAGCCCAGAAAGAGGUGAUGGUUUCUGCUGGGAGUUGCCCUUUUCAUCACCCAUUGCCCCAAUGGCCCCGGGAUGGACUGCCCGCUGUUGAUUGACAGCUCUGGGGCGUAUUUUCGAAGAGAAGGAUUCGGGGGCAACUACAUUGGAGGUCUCUCCCCACCAGAGGAAGAGGAGCCCGACGCCAGCAAUUUGGAUGUAGAUCUCAAUUAUUUCGACGAGAAGGUGUGGCCGCUCCUGGCGCACAGAGUACCUGCGUUUGAGUCACUGAAAGUGAGAUCGGCCUGGGCGGGAUAUUAUGAUUACAACACGUUUGACCAAAACGGAGUGAUCGGGACGCACCCGCUGGUGCAGAACAUGUACUUUGCCUGCGGGUUCAGCGGGCACGGCUUGCAGCAGGCUCCGGCGGUGGGGCGGGCAGUGGCGGAGCUGCUGAUUCAAGGAGAUUUUAAGACCUUGAACCUGACGCCCUUUGGCUUCGAGCGUUUCAUUUUGAACAAGCCUGUUGUGGAACGGAAUAUCGUGUGA